AAAGACUUUAAUAAAGAUAGAAAGUUUCUAAGUACUAUCGAAACGAUUAUAAGGAUGAUCAGAUACAUUGCACAAAUGCACCAGUUUAUUACGAACGUACCGUUUAUUUGACAGCGGCUGUUACAAAGUCCGUUCCAGUACUUGAGCAACGUAAUCAGGUGUAAGCAUGACGUUGAAUGAUACAGAAGUGCAACGUCAGAUUCGUCACAUGAUGGCGUUUAUAGACCAGGAAGCUCGAGAAAAGGUGGAGGAAAUAGAUGCCAAAGCCGAAGAAGAGUUUCAAAUAGAAAAGUCCCGUUUAGUACAAAAUCAGCGGCUCAAAAUAAUGGAGUACUAUUCAAAAAAGGAAAAACAGAUAGAAUUAACCAAGAAAAUUCAGGAUUCUAACUUAAAAAACCAGUCUCGUCUCAAGGUUUUGCAGAGCAGAGAAAAUCACAUCGAAAUGUUGCUUAAGGAAGCUCGGGAACGUCUACGGAUGGUUACCAGAGAUCGGGAUGUUUAUCAGAAAUGCCUUUCAGGACUUGUCUUAGAGGGGCUUUUCCAGUUACUGGAACCAGAAGUUAUUAUCAGAUGCCGUCAAGUUGAUCGUGAUUUAACGCAAAAUGUUGUACCAGAAUGUAUUGCCGCCUAUCGAAAGCAGACGGGUACUGAUUGCAAAGUCACAAUUGAUAACAACUAUUUACCUGAUAACCUCGCUGGUGGGAUUGAAGUUUACAAUAAAGAUGGGCGUAUUAAAGUAGUAAACACGUUGGAAAGUCGUUUAGAUCAAAUUAGUGAACGUUUAAUGCCACAACUACGUGAAAUUUUAUUCGGAGUAAAUGAAGGUCGAAAAUUCCGUAAUUAAUUAAAUGAAUAAUCCAAUUGUCUAUUUCCGUUAACAGUGGGAUUGAUAAUUACAACAACAUCUAGCAUAAUAAAUAUUUAUUUUUCUUUCCUUUUAGUAUCUAUGUUUAUUACACUAUCUAAAUACUUGAUUUAUUAUUAUUGCCAUUUGUUAUAUUGUUGCAUGUAUGGAAUUUGAAACAUUGAAUUUCAAUCUUAUCAUAAAUAUUACUAUAUGAUUCUAAGUUUACUCUUCUACUUAAGUUCAUUCUGUAAACCUUUUUCGGUAAAUCAAAUAAAAUGUCGGUAAAUAGUG